AUAACUUCCAUCUGAAGUCAUUAAUUAUCUUAACUGAUUUUAAUGCCUAAAGGUUCCUUAAGAUAACAGUUGAUAAACUCAAAACAGAUUUUAUGUGCUAUGUAUACCUGAGUUAGAUCAACAUAUGGAGUUCUCUGGACUUAAGAAGAACAGGUUUCUUUGUCUUAAUUUCUUCUUGUGUCGCAGAAGUGACUGCAGAGUGUGGCACACUAGCUUCUCUACUGUGAAAUAGUAUACCAUGCCAGGAGCCUAGAAUUUAGGAAUGUCUAAUUUUGACUUGCUAACAAAUACAGAUAAGUUGCAGAUGGGAAGGAGCUUGUACACAUCUUCUUUUUCCAACUUUUGCACAAACAAAAUCGAGAAUGCAGAAACAUAAAUAAUAUAUGAUCUGUAAUGCAGUCGUACUUGUAAUUUCAGUCCCAUAUUUCUGAUGGGAAGCAGUAAUUAUAUAUAUAAUCACUACUAAAUUGAAAUUUAUAGUUAAACAGUUAAACUCCUGGCCAAAGCAAGUAGAUUGAUGGUGGCUGUCCUCCCUUAGCUGACUCUUAAGACAGGGCAAAAUAAGACGUGAUUCAUCACUUCCUGCUUAGUUUGUUCAGUCCCUCACCUUCCCAUGACACUUGGCUUAAUAAGUCUUUUGUGUUAGAGCAACACAUGGCUAAUGUUCUGGAAACGCAACAGUGCCACUUGUGGAACGAGUUAACAAAAAUAUACGUGCAGCACAUUAAAGCUGGCUUCCAUGUUAGCACAAGUGAUUUAAUCUCUGCAUUAGACAUCUGGCAAUAAGUCCUUUGAAAUAGCCAGUAGCAAUUAAAUGGGGUCUUAAGUCUUUUGGUUUCUUUUUAUUAGAAUAACAUAGUUGGGGACGUAAUGAGCUACUUGGAAGGUGUACCUUUCAGAGUGACCAUAAGCUUUGUGGACGAUCCUGUGGGAGACACCAACUUUGCCGGCCAGAUGGAAAUUGAACUGCCCGAGUCUGCAGAGGUCUUAACGUGCACAAUGCCUGAUUUUUCACUAGAGAAAAAGGUCCUUUACUGGAUCGACUCGGCCUCAAGGCAAGAGAUUCCCUGGUUUAACAGGACCGCUAGUACGUAUCCCACAGCCCCUCCUUGUUGGCUUCUGUUGGUGGACUCCAAGGAAAACGUGGCCAAUAGCCACAAGGCAACAAGUUGCAAAACCAAAGAAAUGUCACGUCUCCAAAGCUGUAUGAAUCUGGGCACCAGGUUUGAGAGCCUCCGAUGCCCUGGCAGCCGAGAGAAGACGACAAGGGAGGACUUAGACCAGCGUCCUGAGGAGCAGGAAGGUUCAGAAGACAAGGAGUCUUCCUCAGCCACCUCUGAAGAACAUGACGGUGAAGAGCCUUUAGCGCCAAUGCCUGGUGCUCUACCACAGCUUUUCAACCUUCCCCAAAGCAGACCGAAGACUUCUCCAGGGCAUCUAACUACUGCGUCAGAAAGCAAUUGCCCAAGGUCCCCUUUGGGCAAGCAGAGGCAAUCCACGUAUUUUUUAAACAAUGUGAAGAAUGAGUUGCAAGGCGCCAAGAAGAAGCUGUUGGCCAUCAUGCAUCCCUUAAACGGAACCACCACGGACUCCGCCUUGGUUUCUAAGGCUUUCUCCCUCCAUCAGCACUCCAGAAGCAACAGGAACUUCAGAUUCGGUGUCGGUUCCCCUCCUGGCUUAACACAAACUUUAAUCCCCUCUCCACCACCUACUUCCUGUUGUAAGUCAAGUCAGAUUCAUUCGGCAGAGCUUGUCCGACCCAUCCAACACCAUAAACCUACAGUCGCAUCUCUCAGCCCGUACGCCUGCCUUCCACCACCACCAGGGACCCAGCAACCCCUAAGUCCGCACAGAGCUCCAUUGCUGGACUCCACCUCCGAUCUUCUCUCGGUGCUGAGCCAAGAGGAACGCGAACUGAUUGAGCCAAUGGUCGCCUUGGGUUAUCCGAUCCGCCGAGCGAUCCUUGCCCUGCAGAAGACUGGGAGACAAAGCUUGGGACAGUUUCUCAGUUAUCUCAGUGCCUGCGACAGACUUCUGAAACAGGGUUACGAUGAGGCCCAGGUUAUAGAAGCCAUGGAAAUGUUCCAGAACUCGGAGAAAAAGGCCUCAGAAUUCCUCUGCCUCUUAGCCCAAUUCAACGACAUGGGCUUCCAACAAGCUGACAUCAAAGAAGUCCUCCUUCUGUGUGAAAACCACCGAGAUAGGGCCCUGGAGGAGCUCAUGGCCCAAAGCCAAUGACAGCGGCCCAGCAUCCUCCCCUCCCCUCCCUUCCCCAAAUGAGUCUGUAAAUAU